AUGAAUUAAAUUGAACCUUCUGAUAAUGCUCCUCAAGAGAGAAAGGUCUUUAGAGGAGUAAUAAAACUGUACCCAGACAUCUCACACACAAACUACUUCUGUUCACUGUGCCACUAUUUCGUCAUGACAUUUAUCUUUGUAAGUGUCGAAAGUCUCUAACCGUUGCUAUUCAACUAGAGAUAUGGGAUCCAUCCAAAAGAUGCCGGCAUGUAAAAUGGAUACAUGUUGCUGAUAGACAUUGCAACAAAAUGUAUAUUCGCCCCCAUUGUAGGAAUAAUGAGCGAUAAGGUUGGAAGAGUGCCAGUAUUGCAGGUGGGUAUUAUUUUGACAGCACUCUCAAUCAGCAGUAUGGGAUUCGCAGAAGACAUCUAUCCACAAUAUUGUAUAUCAAGAAUUCAAUAUGCCAUUGGAGCAAUCACACUAGCCACUAUUCCUUUUCUAGGAGACUAUGUCCUUGAUUAAACCAAAGGAAAAGCUUCAGCAAUUAAUGUAAUACUGGCUGCCUUUGGAGCAUUGUUCUCAGCCACAGUAAUAACAAAACUAUUGACCUAAAGUUUCUCACUCAAAACCACUUAUAUUGUUGUGGGAUGCUCAUUCCUAUGUCUGGGCUUACUUUACACUUUAGGGUUAAAAAGAGGAUUACAUUUUAAAAAAGAAAGAAAAACCUAUAAGAAUGCUCCUCUUAGAGAUGAUUUGAUCGAAAGAAGCAUUUGCCCCUAUUAGAAUAUCAAGCAAAUUCAAGAUGAGGACUUUGAUUACAUCGAUUAUGAGAAGGAAGUCAGAGCUCUUAAUCAAAUCAAACAAGAAUCUAAUUGUGGAGCUGCUAUGAAGAUAGCCUUGUUGGCUGGAAAGAAUAUAUGGAUAUUUUAAGGGUACGUGACCAAUUUCUUGGGAAGAGGAGACUCCAUCUUACUCACUUUAUCAUUACAGAUAUGGAGUCAAUAAUUCGUGGAAGACACUUUAAAUGAUGACGAUGCCUACAAAGAAGCCAGUAUUUAAGCUUAAACCCUCUCUGGAGUGACCUAUGCCGUCAUCAUGGUAGGAGCUAUCUUUUAUGGCAUUUUAUUUGAGAAGGUUUCCAAAAACAAAUUACUUUUCAUAAUGUUUAGUCUUACCAUGAUUGGAUGCUUUUUAAUGAAUUUUGCACCCAAUCCAAAAAGUCCUUAUACUUUCAUCAUUAUGGCCAUUUUAGGAAGUGGAAUGUCUGGACUCUAUACUGGAGCAUUAUACUUUGUAAAUAAGUACGCUUAUACUGAAUUUAGAGGAUACAUCUCCGGAUUAGCAAAUGUAUUUAGUGUUUUAGGAAUUUUAAUUUGUUCAUUUGUAGGAGGAGUGCUUUAGGAUCACUGGAGCAAAAUAGCACCAUUUAACCUAUUUGGAAUCAUGUCCCUUUUAGGACUUAUCUUAGUAAUUUGGAGUUACUAUGCCUUAUAUUAAAGUAGAAGUGUUAAAUGA